AUGAAUGGUUUUAUAGCAGUACAUUGUGGAGCAGGUUAUCAUAGUGAUUCAUUAAAGAAAGAAUAUCAAAAAACUUGCUAUGUAGCCUGUAGAAAGGCGGUAGAAGCACUCCGAGAGGGUGGUAAUGCUGUAGAUGCUGUUGAAAAAGCAAUAAUUGAAUUAGAGAACAGUUCACUUACUAAUGCCGGCUACGGGUCAAACUUGAGUUGGGAGGGAUCAGUAGAGUGUGAUGCUUCUAUAAUGAAUGGACAGACUUUACAUUUUGGGGCAUGUGGCGCCGUGUCAAAUGUUUGGAAUCCGAUUACCUUGGCAAAACAUUUAUGCAUUCGACAAUGUGAAAGUUUGUCAUUAGGACGCAUACCACCAUGUAUCCUCACAGGCCAGGGAGCUAAGACUUGGGCAGAAAGAUUGGGAUUAAAUAUAGUAGACAACAGAAAAAUGAUUUCAGCUCGAGCUUUUCGUAACUAUAAACACUGCAAACGGAAAUUAAAAAAAUAUUCUCUUCAAAACGACAUUAAGUUCAGUCCAUUGGAUACAGUUGGUGCUAUCUGUGUGGAUUCAAAUGGUGUUGUUGCUUCUGGAGCAAGCUCAGGUGGUGUGUCCUUAAAGCAUGAAGGACGAGUUGGUCAAGCUGCUUCAUUCGGUAGUGGUGUAUGGGCUAUGAUGAGCAGAGAUGGCGUACAACCUUCUGUGGCAGCUUGUACUUCUGGAUGUGGAGAACAUUUAAUACGGACGCAAUUGGCAAAAAAUACAGCAGAAAGUCUUUUAGAAUCAUCCCCAGCUGUGGGUCUCGACAAGUGUUUAAAAGAAAAGUUUCUGGAAUCGCCAUUUUUAUGGGAUAUACCUGAAAGAUUAGGAGGAUCAUUAGCAUUAAUAUUUAAUCCACAAGUAGGAGAAGGUGAACUCUUAUGGGGUCAUACUACAAAAACUAUGUGCAUAGGAUAUAUGUCUACUGAAACCACUAAACCAAAGUGUGUCAUUUCCUAUCUACCCCCAAAAGUGGAGACAGGACGCAAGGCGGUGGUUUCAGGAAUCCCUUUUAGAGUAUCUUUGCAGCCUUACCCUGUUCUGCAAUGGGAAGUCAAGACUGAAACCAAUGUAAAUGGAUCUCAUUAA